UUUCCAUUUGCCUUUCUCUUCACCUUUAAUCGCUCACGAAUGUAAACAAAAUAAAAUCUUUUUCCCCCUUUCUCUUUCUCCAUCUUUUUCAUUUCAAACCUCUCUCUCUCUCUUUCCAUUUAAUGGAGCAAUCUGAGAGCUCAACGACCCACGUUCAUCAGCAGCAUCAAGAGCCCGAAGAAGAACCAAACGGGUCAUCAAACACGACCCAUCACUUAACGGUUCCACCCGGUUUGACACCAGAAGAAUUCGAUGAGCUAAAAUCAAGUGUGACUGAGUUCCACACAUACCGAGUCAACUCAGCCACACAAUGCUCUUCCCUACUCGCACAACGCAUCCACGCGCCGCCGCACAUCGUCUGGUCCGUCGUCCGCCGUUUCGACAAACCCCAGAUAUACAAACACUUCAUCAAGAGCUGUUCCGUCGGAGAAAACUUCUCCAUCGCUGUGGGUGCCACGCGUUACGUCAACGUCAUCUCCGGUUUACCGGCGGAUACAAGUACUGAGAGGCUUAAUAUUUUGGAUGAUGAAAAGUACGUUACGGGUUUCAGUAUAAUUGGUGGGGAACAUAGGUUGAGGAAUUACAGGUCAGUUACUACUGUACAUGGAUUCGAUCAGCAACGCGAUGGGAAAAUCUCGACCGUUGUUUUGGAAUCUUACGUUGUUGAUGUACCUGAAGGGAAUACUGAAGAAGACACUCGUCUUUUUGCUGAUACAGUCGUCAAGUUGAAUCUUCAGAAAUUGGGCUCCGUCGCUGAAGCUAUAGCUCGUGGAGGCAACGGUGUCGUUUGAUAAUAUUGAAAAGACGAUACAGAAAGGUUUAAUUUUUUCUUCAUCUUAAUUUUCUUUUUUCUUUACCAUUUAGCUUUCUUUUUCGGGGGUUUGGGUUUUGGGUUUAUUUCUGAAUUGUUUUUCUUUGAAAUGUUUUGUUUUUUAAAGGGUUCAUGGAAACAAGGUCAUUUUAGUCGAUGUGAUGUACAGAAUCAAGAAAUGUUAAGAUGAAGAUGUUGUAUUCUGUACCUUUUUUAUUUUGUUGAAAGAAGAAAAAAUCCGUUUACUUUUUUUU